GGACCCAAAGUGACCCAUCGACACUCUCAGAAAACCCCUGUUCCCUUUCUAGCAAAAUUUGCAAUAAGUGAGACCAAAACAAACAGCCUUAAAAUAAUAAGACUGCUUGCUUAAGUUGGCUCUUGACACAACAAACGAAUCUCGUACAAGUCUCUCAUAAACUCCGCCUAAACCCACUUUUGUCCUUUCCAUCAGCCUAAAGGUUGUCACUUUAUUUCUUAAACCCCCCUCUCUUCUUCUAUAAAUACACACACCUAUACACACACAUAUACUUACAUAUUCACUAUCACCCCUUUUCUUGACUCACUCUUCACCGGAUCAUGGCUAAUUCCGCUAUUGCACAGAUUUCCCUGGGUGUUUCCCUCAGUGAUCCGUCUAUUCGGAGAUCGGUGUUUAAGACACAUAGCAUCAGUUUUCGUGAUAAAUCAUGGAGAUCUGUUUUGCCUAUGGACUUGAAGGCAAAGAACGCAUUCUCAAGGGAUCAGUCUGUUAUAUGCAUGUCUGUGCAACAAGCCCAGAAAUCUAAGGUUACAGUUUCGCCAUUAGCACUUGAAGAUGCAAAAGAGCCUCCAUUAAACUUACACAAGCCAAAGGAACCAUAUACAGCAACUAUUGUCUCUGUUGAUAGGCUUGUUGGUCCUAAAGCUCCAGGAGAGACUUGUCACAUUGUAAUAGAUCAUGGUGGCAAUGUACCCUAUUGGGAAGGACAAAGCUAUGGUGUCAUUCCUCCAGGUGACAACCCAAAAAAGCCAGGGAAUCCCCAGAAUGUACGUCUCUAUUCAAUUGCUUCCUCAAGGUAUGGAGACUCUUUUGAUGGAAAGACUGCCAGUUUGUGUGUACGACGAGCUGUUUAUUAUGAUCCUGAGACAGGAAAAGAAGAUCCUACUAAAAAUGGUGUGUGCAGCAACUUUCUGUGCGACUCAAAACCUGGAGACAAGGUUAAGAUUGCAGGCCCUUCUGGAAAAAUCAUGCUUUUACCUGAAGAUGAUCCAAAUGCUACCCACAUUAUGAUUGCAACUGGCACAGGUGUGGCUCCAUAUAGAGGCUACCUUCGCCGCAUGUUCAUGGAAUCUGUCCCCAAGUAUAAGUUCAAUGGUCUUGCUUGGCUGUUCCUUGGAGUAGCUAACACUGAUAGUCUGCUAUACGAUGACGAGUUCAGCAAGUACCUUGAGGACUACCCAGACAAUUUUCGAUUUGACCGUGCACUUAGCCGAGAACAAAAGAACAAGAAUGGUGGAAAGAUGUAUGUUCAGGAUAAGAUAGAAGAAUACAGCGAUGAAAUCUUUAAACUUUUGGAUGGAGGGGCACACAUUUAUUUUUGUGGGCUGAAGGGGAUGAUGCCUGGCAUUCAAGACACCCUGAAGAGGGUCGCAGAACAGAGAGGGGAGAGCUGGGAUGCAAAGCUCUCGCAGCUGAAAAAGAACAAACAAUGGCAUGUAGAAGUUUAUUGAUUUUUUAUUUAUCAAUGUGUCUGUAUCAAUUGAUGUUACAAGGAGUUGUUAUCAUUAGCAGUUGUCCUGCAUCUUUAGAUGAAUAAUGUACUCUUUGUGUAACUAUUUUUCAUCUUUGUUAUGAUCAUCAAUCAGAUUUAAGAUCCAA